UGUCUUCCUCUCUCUCUCCCUCAUUCCCCCUCGUAUCUGGCUCAAACCUGUGAGUGAUUCUAAUUCUAGUCAUUCAGUCUUGCGUGUGUAUGUGUGUACAUUUGUAGCAGUGAUAUUUAAACUUUGUGAAUCCGAUCUGUGAGAGGAUCAAUUCUAUUUAAUGGCGUCGGCUAACGACUCGAAAUGGCAAAAGGAUGCCGCAGACCAGAAUUUCGACUACAUGUUUAAGCUGCUGAUUAUCGGAAACAGCAGUGUCGGAAAAACGUCCUUCCUGUUCCGUUACGCGGACGAUUCCUUUACCUCAGCCUUUGUCAGUACAGUAGGGAUCGACUUCAAAGUCAAAACUGUGUUCAGACAAGACAAGAGAGUCAAACUACAAAUAUGGGACACAGCGGGACAGGAGAGGUACAGAACAAUCACUACAGCGUACUACCGCGGUGCUAUGGGCUUCAUCCUGAUGUACGACGUCACAAAUGAGGAGUCCUUCAACGCUGUAAUGGACUGGUGCACACAGAUAAAGACAUAUUCCUGGGACAAUGCCCAGGUAGUGCUGGUGGGCAAUAAGUGUGACCUUGAGGAUGAGAGGGUCGUUUCCACGGAGAGGGGCAAGCAGUUAGCUGAUCAGAUAGGUUUAGAGUUUUUUGAGACUUCCGCCAAGGAGAACAUCAAUGUGAAAGCUGUGUUUGAGCGCCUAGUGGAUAUCAUCUGCGAUAAAAUGUCAGAGAGUCUAGACCAAGACCCGUCACUGGUCAACAGUCAGACGAAAGGAACACGGCUGACGGAGAAUACUGCCCCAGAAGGUGGUAGCUGCCAGUGCUGAACGCCGCAUGCCACGUAACUCUGUCGCGGUGUCCCGAGCUCCAAAUAUGUGACAACCAUCAUUAAAAUUUACGCUGAAAAAAUUCAUUCACUGUAUAAGAACUCUUGUAUGAACGGCAUAGUGCAAUGGAUGGAAUGAGAAUGAUAUGCAAUAUAUUGUAGUAUUAAGGAGUCGUUGUUUAAUUUAGGGUAGUCUCUUGUCUGUCAUAAUCUCCUUACUGUGUGUAUUUCUAGGAAGCACAUGACUCAGUAAUCAAAGUAUGUUAUUCAUCUGGUGUUAUUAUUGCACAAUAUUCUGGCGAUGACAUAUUACCUGGUGUUAUAAUGUUUUGUUUGGUUGAAGUUUAGAGGGUUUAUCAUGUUAAUCAAUCACCCCUUAUAGAGAUUACACUGUACGCAAUGUUAAUGGUUGAUUUGAUGAGUUUUGUAUUCUGUAUGUCGCCGCAUGCUACUAGAUUUUAUCCCUCAAGAAUUCUUUUGAAUAUGAAACAAGUGUGUGUUAGAGAAAUCUCCAUCUUGAAUGUUAAACCUCUUAUAAUCUUCAUUUUUAGAGGGUUUUUUUGGUUAAAUUUGAUUGUUUAAUUAAUUAUAUAGAUAUUCUACAGUAUUUUCUUAUUUUCAACUGGCAUUCCUUGACGUUAUUGUCAAAAUUGGAAUUUGUGACCUCUCCACUGAUAGCAAAGCUUUAUACAUAAUUAUUAUCAUGUUCAAAGAAAUCCUGAUUGGUUAUUGCCAACCAAUGAAAUCCAAUCCCAUGCUGUGUUUUGGUCCAGGCAGCCAUGGACUGGCCUGUGAUAUUUAAGUGGACAUUAUUCUCCUACACCUGUGUAUUUAAAUCUUUGGUUGUGGUCUAUUUACAUUACGUGUGUAUUUUGUUUAUACUUACUGUUGUUUAUAUUUUUGUUGAUACAAUUAUUAUUUUUUACUUUAUACAUGCAUGUCAAUGUUAAACAUGUAAAUACUUACAUUUAUAUAUACAUUCCAAAGUUUAACUUCAAUUUGACUGUGAACAUGGACUUGGUUGUGAUUUUUUUCUGCUCUGAUUCUCUCCCUCAUACCAUACUGUCAAGUUUACUGACAAUCUUUUGAAACGUUAUUUACAGACAAGAAUCUCUCCCUCUAAAUUCUUUGUUGAGGAGAUACUAGCUUGGUUGUACUACGCAGAAUCAGUGAAUGUCCUUGCAGUGAAUGCAGUUCAUUGUGUGCCCAUGGUAUUAUCUGUUCCCCCUUUAUCAUAUAAGAUGUUCACACUGCAUUGGAUGAACAAAUGAGAAUGCUGCAUGAUCAUAUGAUUUACUCAUGUACAUACUUUAAUUUUUUUUAGUGCUUUUUCUGGAAUAAAUACAAUUUGACCUUAAUUACAUUUACUGAUGAAAUCUGACAUAGUUUAAAAACUUGAUCUGAUGUUAAACUCGCUAUUGUACAUUUCUUUCUGUCGUUGACUUGGAAUGAAGCCUGUUGUCAUGGUGACAUAUGUAAGAGGAUGUUCCGCUCUGUAGAAUCUCAGCACUCUAGCUCCCUAGCCUCUUGUGUAUGUCUGUCUGUGUGACCGACUAGAUCUUGUUAAUCAUUAGAAACUGACCAAUAAACAGUUAACAGUC